AUGUCCUUGUUUUCGAGCCACGUUUUACAUAUUGAUUAUAUUCUUAACCCAUCCGAAGGCGACUAUGAUGCCGAUGACGAAGAACCUAGUUGUUGUAACAGCACUACCAACACCACCACCAGCAGUAGUAGCAGUAGUAGUAGUAUGAACAAUCCAACAACGUUACAAUCAAAACACCAAAGCCGCAUACCUUAUCGUCGUCGUCGUCGCCACUCUACAUCGUCACCGUAUCAGCCAAAACGUAAAUCCAUGCGGUUGAUGGCUGACAGUCAAAGCACUCUAUCCAACGAUACCACCUCUUGUCCUGCUUCAUUUUCACCUUCAAGUACAUCAUCCACGUGCUCAUCACCACCACCAUCCACACCACCAGAGAUACUUGGAAAGCAACAAGAAGAACAAUCACUAUGCGGUAACAAUAACAGUAGUUGUAAACGCAACUAUCAGCGUCAUGACAAGUCGAAAAUCGCCAAACUCUUGGAGAUUUAUUAUGGGGAGAAACGCUCUGUACGAGUAGCAGCCAAGUUGGCUAGCAUUCCACGAGCAACCGCGGGUCGGUAUAUCAAGGAAGCAGCCCUUUAUCAACAACGACAACAACAACAAGAUGGCAACAGCUGUAGUAGUAGUAGCCCUUCUUUGCCGCCUGAUGAUGAGACACAACAAGAACAUGAUAUGAGGUUGGAAUCCUCAUCGGCUGCCGCAUAA